AUGAGCGACCAUCAAUCGCAACCCCAGAUUCAGGACGAGUCUACGGAACAGAGUUUCGUAGACUCGGACUAUUCAUUCAAUGUCCCAGGAGCUGACUUCGGCGGCUUUUCUUUGUCUCCGGUGACAUCCCAAGAGGAUGUGGAUCAUUGGCCUCAUGUAAGCUCUUGGUCUGAAGACGCCGCUCCUCUUGGCUCCAUGAACCAAGACGGUGUGUUUGGGCCUGUGUCUCAAUCUCUCGAUGAGGUCGACUUCUAUGUGCCGAUGAUCGGGAUGGAUUCGCAUCUCAACGAUUUUAAUUCGACCCAAUUUGCUUUCUCGAGUUCUCCUGUAUCCUCUCUCGAUCUUCUUGCUGUUCCGUACGAGAUGCCUCAAGGACAGACAUCGCUCGCUGGUCUAUCAGAUACCGCAGCCGCUCUAUAG